ACAGCACACAGACACAUGAACAUCUUCAACACCCCCAACAACUCCAACAGCAUCCCUGGCUUCAUCCUCAUCGGCUUUCCUUGCACCAGGGAGGGUCAGAUUCUCCUCUUUGUGCUCUUCCUUAUUGUCUACUGUCUGACCCUCCUGGGGAAUGGUUCUAUCGUAUGUGCUGUGCGCUGGGAUCAGAGACUCCACACGCCCAUGUACAUCCUACUCGCCAACUUCUCCUUCCUGGAAAUCUGGUAUGUCAACUCCACUGUCCCCAACAUGUUGGCCAACUUCCUCUCUGAGACCAAGGUCAUCUCCUUCUCUGGGUGCUUUCUCCAGUUCUACUUUUUCUUCUCCCUGGGUUCUACAGAAUGCUUUUUCUUGGCAGUUAUGGCAUUUGAUCGAUAUCUUGCCAUCUGCCGGCCUCUACACUAUCCAACCAUUAUGACUGGACGUCUCUACACCAAUCUUGUAGUCACCUGCUGGGUGCUUGGUUUUCUCUGGUUCCUGAUUCCUAUCAGCAUCAUCUCCCAGAUGUCCUUCUGCGGAUCUCGGAUUAUUGACCACUUCCUAUGUGACCCCGCCCCCCUGCUAGCCCUCACUUGCAAAAAAGCUCCUGUGCUAGAGCUUCUCUUCUCCACCUUGAGUCCUCUGCCCCUCAUUAUUCCCUUUGUCUUCAUCAUGGGGUCCUACACCCUAGUCCUACAAGCCGUUUUAAGGGUCCCUUCAGCAGCUGGACGAAGAAAAGCCUUUUCUACCUGUGGGUCUCAUCUGGCUGUUGUUUCGCUGUUCUAUGGCUCAGUACUUGUCAUGUAUGGGAGUCCUACGUCUGAGCAUGAAGCUGGAAUGCAGAAGAUUGUGACUCUGUUUUAUUCUGUAAUAACCCCACUCCUUAACCCUGUGAUAUACAGCCUUAGAAAUAAAGAUAUGAAAAGGGCCUUACAGAAAAUUCUGGGAAUAUUAAAAUAG